AUGACAGACCCGUCGCGCUAUCCACUGCGAUCCGGCCAGGAUGGAAUACCCGGGUCCGGUUCAGGCUGGAAGCGGGCUCAACUGUGGGUCGACCUGCCCUCGAAUCUGACGGCUAGCAGCAGCAGUGUCUAUCAAAGAGGCACCCUACCAGACUACCGAGCCCGCACAAUGACCUCUCAAGAGACAUUCAAGCUUCGCAGGCGAAAUUGGAAGAUUGACAAAGUUCUGCACCAGCACAACCACCCAUUGAACAUAUUUUGGGCCUGUUUGCCGGGCAGUUUCAAACCGAUCUGA